AUGGGUGUGACAUCUUUACAGGGACCCGGGCUCAGCACUGCGCAGGCGCAGAUCCGCUUCCGGCAUCCGUGGGCCAAGAAGGAUCCCAAGCCUGGCAAGAGGCAUCCGUGGGCCAGUAAGAAGCACCCCAAGCUGGUGAGGAAGCAUCCGAAGCCACACCCGAAGCCGUUAAAGCAUCCCAAGCUGCACCCCAAGCCGGUGAGGAAGCAUCCCAAGCUGCACCCCAAGCCGGUGAGGAAGCAUCCCAAGCUGCACCCCAAGCCGGUGAGGAAGCAUCCCAAGCUGCACCCCAAGCCGGUGAGGAAGCAUCCCAAGCCGGACCCCAAGCCGGUGAGGAAGCACCCCAAGCCGCACCCCAAGCCGCCUCACAAGCCGGUGAGGAAGCAUCUGAAACCGCACCCCAAGCCGGUGAGGAAGCAUCCCAAACUGCACCCCAAGCCGGUGAGGAAGCAUCCCAAGCUGCACCCCAAGCCGGUGAGGAAGCAUCCCAAGCUGCACCCCAAGCCGGUGAGGAAGCAUCCCAAGCUGCACCCCAAGCCGGUGAGGAAGCAUCCCAAGCCGCAUCCCAAGCCGGGCAGGAGGCACCCUAAGCCGCAUCCCAAGCCGGGCAGGGGGCACCCCAAGCCGCAUCCCAAGCCGGGCAGGGGGCACCCCAAGCCGCAUCCCAAGCCGGGUAGGGGGCACCCCAAGCCGCAUCCCAAGCCGGGCAGGAGGCACCCCAAGGCAGGCAAGAGGCACCCCAAGCUUCACAAGAGCUCAAGGAGGGAAGCCUACACAAUCAUCCAUUGA